AUGUUGGAGGAGCAGAAGUGCAGCCUCAAGGCGGACGUUAGGUGUCGCUGUCGGCGUGAAGAGCCCCGAGCCCGAGCCAACCAGCAGAGAAGAUGGCAUGACUUCCCCCUUUGCCUUGCAAUCCUCCGAAUUGUAAAUCUGGUGUGUCCACUCCAGUGGAUUAAUUCCACUCAUGACAGCAUUCAUGUUAGACCAGAGAACAGCAACACUCUUCUGGCCGUUUUGUGUCCGGUAGUAACCAUUGGACUUCUGGCUCUUCUACUUCUCUUCUGUAUCCGUCGCCAAGGAGACGAAGCUUGUUUCAAACAUGUUCUCCAGCUGUGUAACGAGGGUGUGAAGGAUGGUUCCCCCAACAAAGCCCCAGGCCAACAGCAGACAAAGGAGCCGGUCGGAUUGCUACCACACCCACUAACUGCUGCUAAUCUAGGCCCAGUCCAUGUGCACAGUGCCGGAACUGUGAUCUUCAGUCUUCUGAAUCAAUUCACGGGUCAGGGGGAGGUGGCGGGAGUGGAGAGGAAGGAGGAACGGAACGACAGGGAUGAGGAGGAAGGGAGAGGCUUCCAGAACCGCGCGGCGUCGUCACCUGAUGUCCACCUCUCCCAGCAGGAGGAGGACGGAGAGACGGGCGCUGUGUUUGUCCCUUCUCAGGAACAAGGGAAGGACUGUCACGUUUCCAAAGAGGAGUCGCUAUGAGCGAGGACUGUUUACGUUGAACCUCGCUGAACCUUUCGUCGCUCAUGUUGAACAUUAAGCUUGUGGGGAAAUAACACAACAAUGAUCACUGUGGUAUGCUAUUCAGGACGACCAUGUGUUGUGUGUUCAGGAUCCAGCAGAUUGGGUUUGGAAGACACUGGUGAGUGGACAUCCAGAAGUGAUCUGGUGCAUGGUUCUGAAGAUGGUCAAACGACCUAAACAAAGAUGUUACGGUUUAAACUCCUAAAGAGUUAUAUAGAAUUGUAAGAUGUGUAAUCGAAACGUUAGUUGAUGUGUCGCAUGUGUCCUUUAUUUGCUCAUUUUGAAUGUGGUCAGUUUGUAAUGUUAUUUAUGAGCCUCUUUUUGGAUAUGUCAAUGUACUGUACCGUUAGUUUGAAGAGUAAGGCAGCUGUGGCUUGUUCAAGUCAAUAACAACUCUGAAACUGUUUUUGUAAAACUGCAUGUAUUUGAUAAUAAAAUACAAGUGAUGUUAAAGGUUUUGAAUAAAACCAUUAACACUACCACAA